UUUUGAUUUUUUAUUUUUUUCCUAAUAAUUAGUCAAAUGACCAACAUCACUUGUUUUCCUUCAUCGCCAGUAUUUUCCCCUCUUUUUGUUGCUUGUUGCCAAAACCUGUCUGUGUAGAAGAAAGUCAAUUGGCGGCUAAAAUUCUAACGUUUCGGUUAAUUUUUCAUUAUUUUUCCUAUUUUCCCCUCUUGGUCAGAUCUUCGUCGUUCCGCGCCGGCGAUUCCCAUAAUCGGGAAGCUAUGGCUGUGCCAGUGGUCCGGUUCCCCAUAGUGCUUGCGAUCCGUCUGAUGGGCUUCACCGCUGCUGUCCUAGUUCUUGCUUGGGCCACGCACUUCCGCGGCGGCAUGGCUCUCAUUUCCGAUAACAAAGAUCUCAUCUUUAACGUGCAUCCUGUAUUAAUGGUGAUUGGUUUUGUGCUCCUAAAUGGUGAAGCCAUUUUAGCAUACAGAACAGUGUCAGGAACCAAGAACUUCAAGAAGGCGGUGCAUCUUACGAUUCAACUUCUCGCCUUAUUUUUGGGCUCGAUUGGUAUAUGGGCAGCUCUGAAGUUCCACAAUGAUAAAGGAAUCAACAACUUCUACAGCCUUCACUCCUGGUUGGGCUUGGCUUGCUUCUUCUUAUUUGCUACACAGUGGAUUGCUGGUUUUGCCACUUUCUGGUAUCCGGGGGGCUCCAGGAGCAGCAGAAACUUCUUGCUUCCAUGGCAUGUCUUCUUUGGCCUGUACAUAUAUGCGCUAGCUCUUGCUACAGUUUCUACUGGUCUUUUAGAGAAGGCCACAUUUCUCCAGAUGAACAAUGUGAUUUCUCGGUAUUCAUCUGAGGCUUUUCUGGUGAAUUCUCUGGGGAUAUUGCUUGUGGUUCUUGGUGGCACUGUUGUUCUUGCGGUAAUUAUGCCUCCGAAUGUGAAGAGUGAUGGCCCAAGAGGUGGUAUGGAAUAAGGUCGAGAUGGUGUUGGUUAUUUCGCCUGGAUGUCGGGGGGACCAUUGCUGUAGGAAAGUCAUUCAAGCUUGAAUGUUAUGCUCGGUUUGAACUGGUUGAUCGGCCGACCAUCCUUGGUCAGCCAAUUAGUCAUGUGUGGCCCACUAAUUACCUGAAGGGCGAUGGCCAGCCAUAAUGGUCGGCCAGCCUAGGUGGUCAGUCAGCUGGAAGCUUGGGUUCAGGUUGAUACUAAAUAUCAUAAGUUUUUAAGAUCCAAUCUGUCCUAGUCUAAUAUCAUAAGUUUUUCUCCUCAUAGCAUGAAGAAAGGCGGCAACAGUUUCUCGUAUAGAGCUCAAUGGCGUCCAUACAUCCC